GGCCCACUCGCGGCCCAACCCCUUUUCCGUCCGGGACCACUCCAGAGACCGAGGUCUAAACUCACAACGGCAGGAAAACUACAACCCCCAGCAGGCCACGCGACACAAGCCCCGCCCCCUUGAGCCCCGCCCCCACAGAUUCUCCAUUGGCUUUCGAGGGAAUUAGAUGGGAGGUGGCCAUGGGGCUGCGGCUUGGGGUUUGUCCACAUCUAGGCUUCCGUAGAGGAAGUCGCGGGGACCUUCAUCUGGGGUUUCGGUGUCGCCCUCCCCCUUCUCCUGGGUCUGGGGGUGACAUUGUACCGCGCCCCUCGCGGGGUCGCGUCGCCACCCUACACAAUCUCCCAGGUGGCGCACUCUUGCCAUUCGCCUCCCUGGGCCGGGCCUCACCCCGUCCCCUGCUCCCCAGCCAUGGGGGCCGCAGUGUUUUUCGGAUGCACUUUUGUCGCGUUCGGCCCGGCCUUUGCGCUUUUCUUGAUCACAGUGGCUGGGGACCCCCUUCGCGUUAUCAUCCUGGUUGCAGGGAAGGCAGAUGAGGGGUUAGCAUCGCUGAGUGAGGACGGCAGAUCACCCAUCUCCAUCCGCCAGAUGGCCUAUGUUUCUGGUCUUUCCUUCGGUAUCAUCAGUGGUGUUUUCUCUGUUAUCAAUAUUUUGGCUGAUGCACUUGGGCCAGGUGUGGUUGGGAUCCAUGGAGACUCACCCUAUUACUUCUUGACUUCAGCCUUUCUCACAGCAGCCAUUAUCCUGCUCCAUACCUUUUGGGGAGUUGUGUUCUUUGAUGCCUGUGAGAGAAGACGGUACUGGGCUUUGGGCCUGGUGGUUGGGAGUCACCUACUGACAUCAGGACUGACGUUCCUGAACCCUUGGUAUGAAGCCAGCCUGCUGCCCAUCUAUGCAGUCACUGUUUCCAUGGGACUCUGGGCCUUCAUCACAGCUGGAGGUUCCCUCCGAAGUAUUCAGCGCAGCCUUUCGUGUAAGGACUGACUACCUGGACUGAUCGCCUGCCAGAUCACCUACCUGCCUGCCCACUGCCCAUGACUGAGCCCUGCCCUAGCCUGGGUCCAUUGCCCACCUUUCUGUCUGCUCGUCGGUCUGUCCCAUCACCUUCAGGGUUCUCUUGUGUCCACUUGUGACCUUUAGUCUCUAGGCUUUACCAGGAGCAGCCUGGGUUUAGCCAGUCAGUGACUGGUGGGUUUGAUUCUGCACUUAUCCCCACCACCUGGGGACCCCCUUGUGCAGGACUCCCCGUAUGUCAGUGCUCUCCUCUCAUCUUGCCCAAGACUCACCCCCCUUCCCCUCUGCAGGCCGACGGCAGGAGGACAGUCGGGUGAUGGUGUAUUCUGCCCUGCGCAUUCCACCCGAGGACUGAGGGAACCUGGGGGGGGACCCCUGGGCCUGGGGUGCCCUCAUGAUCUCCUCGCCCUGUAUUUCUCCAUCUCCAGUUCUGGACAGAGCAGGUUGCCAAGAAAAGAGAUCUAGCUUAACCAUUGUCCUGGAGAUGAAGUUGAUGGAGGCUCAAGGGUAGACGGGCUCUGAGUUCCCCAGUAUCCUCUCCCUAGACUGGACAUCUUGGUCUUUUCUCAGGUGUGAGGGGAACCAUUUUUGGUGUGAUAAAGACUCCAAACUGCCUUUUCUCUUUAUGAGUCGGGGGAGGAGGGAGGUAUGUUGGAAUUUUUCUAACCUCCUUGGACUACAUUUUCCCUUCAAAUUGCUCCUUAUAGCUGGGCUUAUACUUAUUCGCUUUUCCCAGGUGCUGGGGGAAAGGAAGGGAGUGCAUGUUUGGGCUUGAGAACUGGUAUUACUGGAACUAAUGGUUUUAACCUCCUAGACCACCAGCACCCCUCCUCUCCCCAAGGUGAAUUGGAGGGUGCUGCCAUCAGCUGGCCCUCUCCAGGGCAUUAGUGCUACUGGAGGAGUCACUACCAUGACAUCGCAGGGAUGGAGGACAGAUUUUCUUUUCUAGUUUUUAAUUGAGGGGUGUGGGGGGAGGGGAGGUUUUCUAUAAACUGUAUCAUUUUCUUCUGAGGGUGGAGUGUGCCAUCCUUUUAAUCAAGGUGAUUGUGAUUUUGACUAAUAAAAAGGACUUUAUAAUUGUG